AUGAAUAUAGAAGGCGCUGGUUUUGGGGACCUGCUGCAGCAGGCCGAGCAGAUGGCUGCCGAACUGGACAUUGGAAUGGACCUUCCUCGAGUAGAACGAAACCCUCGACAGAUUCUUGAAGAAUGCCAGACAUUACUUUCUCAAGUCACUCCUGUUAAUAAAGAUGCCAUGAAAGUGAAAGCAUCCUUGCUGCUGGGCACACAGGGUUAUGAUGUCUCCAAAGUUUCCCAGCGUCUUGAGUCUCUAAGUGCAAAGAAAGCUUUUGAACCCCUGGAACCAGUCCGUGAUACAGACAUUGAGGGAUUUUUAAAGAACGAAAGAGAAAAUGCUCUUCUAACUGUAAUUGAAAAAACUAGAAAAACGACACUGGAGACAUGUGAACAGCGUCUUUGGGAAUCAAUGGAAGAAGAAUGGGAAAGAGAAAAACAGAAAAUGUUAAACGCUCUUCUUGGAACAGGACACCAAAUGCUAGAUUAUUCUCAAGAGACUGAGCAAAGUUUGCUCUCUGAUGCAGUCAGCAUGCAAGGAAGAAGUGCCUUGAACAAUGUCGAAAUGGCCUACGCCAGUCAAGUAUAUGCAUACAACAAGAAGGUGAUAGAAGGUGGGAUUGCACCCAAUUUGCAAGAUAUGUUUAUGGAAGCUGCUGAAAGCCUCGGUGACCCGUUGGUUAUAGAUAAGCUUUGGUCCAUGGUAAAAUUCAUGGUAGACGUCCCAGUUGUCACCCCUGGUUCGCGUCACGCCAGGCACGACAGAAAAUUAUUGGAAGCAUUUGUUAGCCAAGCUCGGAAAUACCUCGAACACAUUUUCUUUUUUUCCUUCUUUCUUUUUUUCCUUCUUUCUUUUUUUCCUUCUUUCUUUUUUUCCUUCUUUCUUUUUUUCCUUCUUUCUUUUUUUCCUUCUUUCUUUUUUUCUUUCUUUUUUUCCUUCUUUCUUUUUUCCUUCUUUCUUUUUUCCUUCUUUCUUUUUUUUCCUUCUUUUUUUUUUUUCUUUCUUUUUUUUUCCUUCUUUCUUUUUCCUUCUUUCUUUUUCCUUCUUUCUUUUUUUCUUUCUUUCCUUUUUUUUUUCUUUCUUUUUUUUCUUUCUUUUUUCCUUCUUUCUUUUUCCUUCUUUCUUUUUUUUCUUUUCUUUUUUUUCCUUCUUUCUUUUUUCCUUCUUUCUUUUUUUCCUUCUUUCUUUUUUCCUUCUUUCUUUUUUUUCCUUUCUUUUUUUCCUUCUUUCUUUUUUUUCCCUUUCUUUUUUUCCUUCUUUCUUUUUUUUCCCUUUCUUUUUUUCCUUCUUUCUUUUUUUUCCCUUUCUUUUUUUCCUUCUUUCUUUUUUUUCCCUUUCUUUUUUUCCUUCUUUUUUUCCUUCUUUCUUUUUUUUUCUUCUUUUUUUUUCCUUCUUUCUUUUCCUUCCUUCUUUUUUUUCCUUCUUUUUUUUUCCUUCUUUCUUUUUUUCCUUCUUUCUUUUUUCCUUCUUUCUUUUUUCCUUCUUUCUUUUUUCCUUCUUUCUUUUUUCCUUCUUUCUUUUUUCCUUCUUUCUUUUUUCCUUCUUUCUUUUUUUCCUUCUUUCUUUUUUCCUUCUUUCUUUUUUUCCUUCUUUCUUUUUCCUUCUUUCUUUUUUUUCCUUCUUUUUUUUUUUUUUCUUUUUCUUUUUUCUUUUUCUUUCUUUUUCUUUUUCUUUUUUCUUUUUUUUUUUUUUUUUUCUUUCUAA